GGCAUGGAUGAAAAUAACCGGACGUUUGUUUCCGAAUUCCUUCUUUUGGGUCUUUCUGGAUACCCAAGGACCGAGAUCAUUUACUUUGCUCUUGUUCUGGCUAUGUACCUGGUGAUUCUAACAGGCAACGGUGUUCUGAUCAUAGCAAGCAUCUUUGAUUCCCGUCUUCACACACCCAUGUACUUCUUCCUGGGCAACCUCUCUUUCCUGGAUAUCUGCUACACAACUUCCUCUGUUCCCUCAACACUGGUGAGCCUAAUCUCAAAGAAAAGAAACAUUUCCUUCUAUGGUUGUGCAGUGCAGAUGUUCUUUGGAUUUGCAAUGGGUUCGACAGAAUGUUUGCUUCUUGGCAUGAUGGCUUUUGAUCGAUAUGUGGCCAUCUGCAACCCUCUGAGAUACUCUAUCAUCAUGAGCAAAGGAGUGUAUGUAUCAAUGGCAUCUGUAUCGUGGUUCUCUGGUGGGAUCAAUUCAGUCGUGCAAACAUCCCUUGCCAUGCAGUUGCCUUUCUGUGGAAAUAAUGUUAUUAAUCAUUUUACAUGUGAGGUCUUAGCUGUGCUCAAGCUAGCUUGCGUUGAUAUAUCUCUCAACAUCGUUACCAUGGUUAUAUCAAAUAUGGCCUUCCUGGUUCUUCCGCUACUGCUCAUCUUUUUCUCCUACAUGUUCAUCCUCCACACCAUCUUGAGAAUGAACUCAGCUACAGGGAGACGCAAGGCCUUUUCUACCUGUUCAGCCCACCUGACUGUGGUGGUCAUAUUUUAUGGUACCAUCUUUUCUAUGUAUGCAAAACCCAAGUCCCAAGAUCCGACUGGGGAAGACAAGUUCCAGACUUCAGAUAAGAUCAUUUCUUUAUUUUAUGGAGUAGUUACCCCCAUGCUGAAUCCAAUCAUCUAUAGCUUGAGGAAUAAGGAUGUUAAAGCUGCUGUAAAGUACAUAUUGAAACAAAAGUACAUUCAGUAA